AAUAAUGAGCAAGAGCUACAAAAGUUCUACGUUGUGGAAGAAUUACUCGAUGCUCCGAUCUAUGUUGAAUGUUCGAGAGAAUAUUGAUAUUUCUAAAUUUAUGAAACUGCAGGCAUUAUUAAGACGAAAAUCAGUUGGAUAUGAGGCAAAGAAGUUUAAAAUAUUACAAUAUCCUGAAUUAGAAAGAUUCAUUAAUGAAGCACCCAACACAGAGUAUUUGGCAGCGAAGGUAAUUCUAAUAAUUGGUUAUUCCGGAGCAUGCAGGCGGGAGGAACUAAAAAAUUUGCUUACGGAUGAUAUAGACUACAAGUCCGAUUCAAUUUUUGUGACGGUACCAAAAACCAAAACUAAACGUCCAAGGCUAUUUGCAAUUACAAAUGCAAUGUGGAUAGGCUUAAUCAAGGAGUAUGCUUGCUUAAGACCUGUACAUAUAACCCACAAACGGUUUUUCAUAUUUUAUCGACAAGGACGUUGCACGGUGCAACCAAUUGGUUUGAACAAAAUAGGCGAGAUGCCCCGAAUUAUUGCAAGAUAUCUCAAGUUGCGGAACUGCGAUGAAUAUUCCGGGCAUUGCUUUCGCCGAUCAUCAGCAUCACACUUGGCGAACAAUGGUGCAGAUAUAAUGACACUGAAGCAACAUGGUGGGUGGAAAAGUUCCUCAACAGCAGAGGGUUACGUUGAUCAAUCUAAAAAAAAAAGAAUUGAAGUCGCAGAGUUACUUUCGGUUUCGACUACUCAAUCCAAACAACCUCAAGCUGGACCCUCCACGAAACCAUGUACUGUUACUAGCGGAAAACAAUCCACCCUCGAAUCCACCACUGUUAACUCGUUACAAAAUGUCCCCGGAAUUACUAUAAAUGCAGGUGAACAUUCCACGGUGACUGUUAAAAUUUAUAACAAUUGUUCUUUUAAGAACGAAAGUUAGG